AUGGUAAGCAAGCCUCUUACCUCCUCGGUCAUCGCUGCUGCGCGUGUGGCCACAUCUCGGCCAGCACUGGUUCGACCUGCCGCGAUUCGGGGACUCACCACCACCACCUCCGCUUCCCCUUUUGCUCGCUCCACCCCCACCCUACCAACUGCGCGAACCGCCAUCGCACCCGUUCGAUGCUCGACUGGAUCGACGACGCAUCGCUUCUUCGCAACGACGUCACGCACGCAGACCAUCUCCAAAGGCGACCAGAUCCCCAACUCGACCUUCAUGUACGUGCCGUACACGCCCGAGCUCGCCGACGGCGCGGCGUGCGGUGCGCCCACCAAGGUGCAAACCCACGAGGCGUUCAAGGGCAAGAAGGUCGUCAUUGUUGCCGUUCCCGGUGCCUACACCCCCACGUGCCACGUGAACCACAUCCCACCCUACAUCAAGCAGAUCGACGAAUUCAAGUCGAAGGGUGUUGAUCAGAUCGUCGUGCUUGCUCAAAACGAUCCUUUUGUGAUGUCCGCCUGGGGUCGCCAGAACAAUGCUGCCGACAAGGUGAUCUUCGCCACCGACCUCGGACUCGAGUUCUCCAAGGGUGUGGGCAGCACCGCCGACCUCAGCGCCAUGGGCUUCGGCGAACGCACCGGCCGCUAUGCGCUCAUUGUGGAUGAUUUGAAGGUCGUCGACUUCAGCGCUGAACCCAACCCGGGCGCCGUCGAGGUCAGCGGCGCUGACCACGUCCUCCCCAAGCUCUAG